AUGGCAGAGGCAAACUUGCAGCCUUACGCAGGUCGCAUAUUGGAUGCAUCCAUCAGACGGCAAUUCUUCGACCAUAUACAAAGGUGUCAAACUCAACCUUACGGUAAUGUACCGGGAUCGAUGGAUGUUCCAUAUCAGAGCCUGGCGACUACAUCUAGCAAUGACCGGGAUCACGAUGCCCAUAUCAUGAACGACUGGUAUCAGGAAUGGUCAACAGCGUCCAAAGAUCCGCUCCCUUCGAACAUCAGGCCUAUGAAUAUCUUGAGCGAGCCAGUACGGGGUCAUCGAAAUGCUCCUCAGCACAGGCCAAAGGAAGUCUGGCUUGACCACUACGAACCCGAUAUGGUGCCGGAAGGACGCGUGCUCCAAAACGUAAGAGCAGAGCGCGAAGAGAGACGCUACCUCGAAGAGGACGCAGAAAGCGUGGUGCGGCAGGCAGAACGUACUAUCGACAGACUGGAGGUGAUGGAGGCUACGCGAAGGUCUAAUGUGGUCGAUUUGACUGGCGACUCAGUGGACAAGAGCAGAGAUGGAGUAUAUGUCCAGACCGCCCACAGCCUGAGAGAUACGAAAGUCUUUUCACGACGACCCGAGCUCUCGCCAGGAUCCGCCCAGACAGCACUCCAAUGA